AUGGCCUGCUGCCAAAGAGAGAUACAUUUGUCCUCCAUAAACUACAUGCUGAUUUCUCCACCCCUCAAUACAGCAGCUGUAAAAAAAUCUUUUCAUCCAGCCCUCUAUGGACCCAUGCCAACGGACUACCACAACAACCCACCAGCGGACUACCACAACAACCCACCAGCAGACUACCACAACAACCCACCAGCGGACUACCACAACAACCCACCAGUGGAAUACACCAACAACCCACCAACGGACUACCACAACAACCCACCAGCGGACUACCACAACAACCCACCAGCGGACUACCACAACAACUCAUCAGCGGACAACCACAACAACCCACCAGUGGAAUACACCAACAACCCAUCAGGGGACUACAAAAACAACCCAUCAGCGGACUACCACAACAACCCACCAGUGGAAUACACCAACAACCCAUCAGGGGACUACAAAACAACCCAUCAGCGGACUACCACAACAACCCAUAAGCGGACUACUACAACAAACCAUCAGCGGACAACCACAACAACCCACCAGCGGACUACCACAACAGCCCACCAAUGGACUACCACAACAACCCACCAGCGGACUACCACAACAACCCACCAGUGGACUACCACAACAACCCACCAGUGGACUACCACAACAACCCACCAGUGGACUACCACAACAACCCACCAGUGGAUAACCACAACAACUCAUCAGCGGACUACCACAACAACCCAUAAGCGGACUACCACAACAACCCAUCAGCGGACUACCACAACAACCCAUCAGAAGACUACGGACUACCACAACAACCCACCAGCGGACUACCACAACAACCCACCAGCAGACUACCACAACAACCCACCAGCGGACUACCACAACAACCCACCAGUGGAAUACACCAACAACCCACCAGCGGACUACCACAACAACCCACCAGCGGACUACCACAACAACUCAUCAGCGGACUACCACAACAACCCACCAGUGGAAUACACCAACAACCCCUAA